CCACUUCAAGUUCAGUGGAGGAACAAGAAUCAUCCACAUCAUCGUUAUUCAUGAGCACUUUUCUCUGCACUUUGCACAGGUAGUCUGGAGGAAGGACUCUGGAAAAAGGGCACACCCACCACACUGUUAAUCUGUGAAGGACGAUGGCGUCUGUUGAAGAGCUGCUUCUGAACUCACUGAUGGACCUGGUAGAAGCUGAACUCAAUCAGUUUCAGUGGUACUUAAAGAGACAUGAGUGUAUAUCAAAUUCUGAAAUGGAGAAUGCAGAUAGGUUAAAAACAGUGGAUAAGAUGGUAGCACAUUUUGGACCAGAAGAAGCUGUGAAGAUCACGGUGAAGAUCCUGAGGAAGAUGAACCAGAAUAAUCUGGCUGAGCAGCUGGAGAACAAUUACAAGCAAGGUCAAGCUGAAGGCAAUAUAAAGGCAUCUGCCACUGUUGGAGCUCAUUCAAAUGAGAUAGGGGGUCAAGUUACUCUUCAUGAUUACACAGAGACCAGCCUCAGACUGAGGAGCAAAUUAAAACAGGAAUAUAAGCGGAUAUUGGUUGGUAAUUCAGAGACAGGUCAUCAAAAAUACCUGAAUGAUAUCUACACUGAUUUAUAUGUGGUGGAGAAUGAGACUGGAGGAAGAGUGAAUGACCAUGAGGUGAUACAGAUCGAAUCAAACCAGAACCGACUGACUGCCGAGGAGAAGCCAAUCAAGUGUAAUGACAUGUUUAAAGUCCAGUGUGACACAGAUCGACAAAACAGAAAAGUGCUGACAAUGGGGAUUGCAGGAGUGGGAAAAACUGUCUCUGUCAAUAAAUUCAUCUUUGACUGGGCUGAAGGAAAAGACAACCAGGAUAUAGUCUUCAUAUUUCCACUUCCAUUCCGUAAAUUGAAUUUGAUUAAAGAAGAGUACAGUCUCUUGGGACUGCUUAACAAAUGCUUCUUUAGUAGUCCUGAAGAACUGUCCUCUCUUCCUGAAGGCAAUGGUAAAGUUAUGUUCAUCUUUGAUGGGCUGGAUGAAUGUUGUUUUCCGUUGAUCUUUAAAGAUGAUGACAGAUUUACAAAUGUAAAUGAAAAAACAACAGUGAGUAAGAUAAUAAUAAACCUUAUGAAGACACAUCUGGUUCCCUCUGCUCUCAUCUGGAUCACAUCCAGACCAGCAGCAGCCAGUCUGAUACCCCGAGACUACAUUGAUCAAGUGACAGAGGUGCGAGGAUUUAACGAUGAGCAGAAAGAGCAAUACUUCAAAAAUAACAGCAGUCCUGAGGUUUCUGAAAACAUUAUCCAUCACAUCAGGAAAUUCAGAAGCCUGCACAUCAUGUGCCAUAUCCCUGUCUUCUGUUGGAUCUCUCUUACUGUUCUUCAGCCUCUCCUGGCUCGAGCGAGCAAUGACAAAACUCCCACAACCCUCACAGGGAUGUACACAAGUUUCCUAGUUUCUCAGAAGCAACAGAUGGAAAAAAAAUACCAUGAUGACCCUGAACCUAAAGUCAAUGCAAGGUCUUUUGAUGAGAUUAUUCUGAAGCUUGGAAAACUGGCCUUUCAACAGUUGGAGAAAGGAAACAUGAUUUUCUACAAAGAAGAUCUUGAGGAAUGUGGACUAGAUGUCAGUGAAGGUUCAGUGUACUCUGGGUUAUGCACUCAAAUGUUUCAGGAAGAAAAGGCAAGAAACAUUUACAGCUUCGUACAUCUCAGCGUACAAGAAUUCCUUGCUGCUCUCUAUGUGUUUUUGAUGGGCAAAGAUGAGAAAACUGACCUAUUUCAUCAAUCCUGGAAAGAAAAACUGACAUGGAAACUGUCCGAAAAGCCACUGUUUCAGCUUCAUAAGGCUGCAGUCAACAAGGCUUUGCAAAGCAAGAAUGGACACCUGGACCUUUUCCUCCGGUUCCUCCUGGGUCUCUCAAUGGAGUCCAAUCAGAGUGACCUGAAAGAACUACUGCCAGGACUGGAACUCAAAACAGAGAAUGUUAAAGACACCAUUCACUACAUCAAAAACAAAAUAGAAAAGGAGAAAUCAGUAGAGAGGACCAUCAAUCUCUUUCACUGUCUAAGUGAACUGAACGAUGACUUUGUGGAGGAAAUCCAAAAGAAUCUGAACUCAGGAAAGCUUUCAGCAAAGAAUCUCUCCUCUGCUCAGUGGUCUGGUCUGGUGUUUGUGCUCCUCAUGUCAGAAGAGACUCAACAGACGUUUGAACUGCAGAAAUACAGAAGAUCUGAUAAAACACUGAUGAGACUGCUGCCAGUAAUCAAAAACACCAGAAGAGCACUGCUACAGUGCUGUAAACUCACUGCUCAGUCCUGUGAAAGUUUGUCUUCAGUUUUACAAUCCUCAAACUGUGUCCUGACAGAGCUGGACCUGAGUAACAAUGACCUGCAGGAUUCAGGGGUGAAGCUUUUUUCUGAUGGACUGAAGAGUACAAACUGUCAGCUAGAGAUACUGAGAUUUACCACAUGUAACCUCACUGCUCAGUGUUGUGAGAGUUUGUCUUCAGUUUUACAAUCCUCAAACUCUCUCCUGAGAGAGCUGGACCUGAGUAACAAUGACCUGCAGGAUUCUGGAGUGAAGCUUCUUUCUGAUGGACUGAAGAGUCCAAACUGUCAGCUGGAAAUACUGAAAUUGUCUGGCUGUAUGGUGACAGAAGAAGGAUGUGGUUAUGUGUCUUCAGCUCUGAGUUCUAACCCCUCACACCUGAGAGAACUGGAUCUGAGCUACAAUCACCCAGGAGAUUCAGGAGUUAAGCUGCUCACUGAUAAACUCAACGAUCCAGACUACAGACUAGACAACCUCAAUGUGGAUCAUGGAGGAGAGAUCAGGAUUACAGCAGGACUGCGCAAAUAUUCCUAUCAGCUCACACUGGAUCUGAACACAACACAUAAACGCCUCCAUCUGUCUAAGAAGAACAGAGUGAUCACUGACACUCUCAUAGCCUUUCAUUCGUAUCGUGAUCAUCCAGACAGAUUUGAUUGUUUUCCUCAGGUGAUGUGUAGAGAGAGUGUGUGUGGACGCUGUUACUGGGAGACUGACAUUGAUUUGAGUGAGGAUGUGGAUAUAUCAGUGUCAUAUAAGAGUAUCAGCAGGAAGGGACGGGGUAAAGAGUGUAAGUUUGGAUGUAAUGAUCAGUCCUGGAGUUUGAACUUCUCUGACUUACAUUACACAUUCAAGCACAAUAACAUUAAGACUAAAGUCCUUCUAAAGCCCAUCAGCCUUAUAUAUCAUAAAAUAGGAGUGUAUGUGGAUCACAGUGCAGGAACUCUGUCCUUCUACAGUGUCUUCAGAGACACAAUGAGCCUCAUCCACACAGUCCAGACCACAUUCACUCAACCGCUCUAUCCUGGGUUUAGGGUUAGUUCUGGAUCAUUAGUGAAACUGUGUUGAUGAAUCAGAAUAGACUGUAGAGAGAUUCUACCCAUAAUGCUUUGAGCUCAUGAUAAAUCAGUGACUGUCACAGGCCGGCUUCACUAGAUAAUCCAAGAUAAGAGGCUUGGUGCAGAAAGAUGCUUAUAUUUAAUACAGUAGUUCCCAAACUGGGGGGCAUGGCAAGGCUGAGGGAUAGUGUACAGUCAGCAGAUUAGUAUGCAAAAUAAACCUCUGCAGGGUGAUACAAGACCACACUUCGUAAUUUUUAAUUACCUUAUUUUGCGGCCACUUGCCAGAUAAGUAAAUAAUUGAACACAAAAUAUUUAUUUGACAUUUUAUUACCUCCAAAUGAUUUGCAGUACCCUCUUGAGUGCUGUGUUGAUGAAUCAAUUCAGUCUUCUACACUGAUCACACAGUAAACAAUGCAGUGCUUUCAGGUAUUCUCUUUCUUUCAAAGUAUUCUCAUUGCUUCAUAACAUUAAGAUUGAGCCACUGCAGUCACGUCAAUAUUUUAACAAUGUCUUUAGUACCUUUCUGGACCUUGAAAGUGGUGGUUAAAUUGAGUCUAUAUAGUCAUAUACCUCUCAGAUUUCAUCAAAAAUAUCUUAAUUUGUGUUCUGAAGAUGAACAAAGGUCUUAUGGGUGUGGGAAAUAUUAAUUACUCUCAAUAGUAAUUAAUGAGAGAAUUUUCUUUUUUUGGUGAACUAACCCUUUAACUAGUGGCCAUAAGAAAUAGAUGUUGUUCAACUUAUCACAUUCCCACAAGUUAAUAUGAUGUUCCCACAAAUUAAUAUCUUGUGGCCAUGACAACUAAAUGAACUGAACAUGUCACCUUCCGGCCACAUUAACAAUGCUAGAAUACUAUGUUUUUGUUUUUAAUGAUCUGCGGAAGUUUAAAGUUUUAAAGUUGUAUGUGAAAGUAUUGCAUGUGUGUGGAAAACUUUCUUCAAAUGUAUAUGAAUAAAGUUGAAUAAAAACAUCCCCUUAA